AUGGAACGCCAGCAGUACGAUGUCGCAAUUGCCGGCGGAGGCAUCAUAGGCCUAUCAACCGCCAUGCACCUGACGCAGCGCUUCCCGGACCUGCGUGUGGCGGUGCUGGAGAAAGAGGCCGAACUGGCGACCCACCAGACCGGCCAUAACAGCGGCGUGAUCCACUCUGGAAUCUACUACCGUCCUGGUUCCCACAAGGCCAACUUCUGCGUGGCCGGAGUCCAGAAACUGAUUAACUUCUGCGACGAAAAUGAAAUCGAGUACGAGCGGUGCGGGAAGGUCAUCGUAGCCACCGAUGAGUCAGAGUUGGGACGCCUGGACGAUCUAUAUGAGCGAGGAGUCGCUAAUGGCGUGCAGGGACUGGAGGUCAUAGGCCCCGAACGACUGCGGGAAAUCGAGCCCCACGCGGCAGGAAUCAGGGCCCUAUGGGCCCCGGGCACCGGCAUCGCUGAUUACCCGAAAGUGGCGCAGGUGUACGCCACUAACUUUGCCCACUCCGGCGGCGAUAUAUUCACUGAAUCGCCAGUGCAGAGCAUAGACAGAAGGGGCGGUACGCUGGCCGUACAAACCCCAAAGGGAACUGUACAGGCAAAGCACAUCAUCAACUGCGCAGGAUUGUAUGCCGACCGGGUUGCUGCAAUGAUUGAAGAGCGCGUCGAUGUGCGGAUAAUUCCUUUCCGGGGCGAGUACUAUACUCUGAGGCCAGAGAGCCACCAUUUGGUGUCUGGCCUGAUAUACCCCGUUCCUGACCCACGUUUUCCAUUCCUGGGCGUCCACUACACUCGCAACAUCCAGGGAAGUGUGGAGGCAGGCCCAAACGCCGUGCUGGCCCUAAGCCGGGAGGGGUAUCGGAAAAGCGAUAUCCGUGUCGGCGAAACGAUGGAAACUCUGACCUACCCGGGAUUCUGGAAAAUGACGGCAAAGCACUGGCGCACGGGCCUGAGCGAGAUGCGCCGUUCCUACAGCAAGAGCAUAUUCCUGCGCGACCUGCGGCGCCUCCUCCCGGAAAUCUCUGAGGAUGACCUGGCUCCCGGCGGGGCCGGCGUACGCGCUCAAGCAGUGGGCAAAAACGGUGCGCUUCUGGAUGACUUCAGCAUUAUCCGCGGAAGGGAAGCCGUUCAUGUGCUAAACGCGCCGUCUCCCGGCGCCACCUCGUCCCUGGCGAUCGGCGAACACAUCGUACAGCUUGCCGCCGAGGCGUUUGAGUUGCGCGACCCCUCCUCGUGA